CCUGCACCGUUUCCCCUUCCUCCCACCACACUCGGUCAUUCGCUACAAUGGUCAAGGUGGCAGGAAAGACAAAGUCAUCGUCAUCACCCAGGGGAGGCGUCAAGUCGGACGGUCUAAAGAAGGUCAAGGGACAGAAUUUCUACCGAGAUGCCUCCCAGGCCAGGCGAGUGAAGUUGCUCUCCAAGAAUGGCAUCGCUUCAAAAGCCAUUCGUGACAAGGAUGGCAACAUCAUUCAAGCACAAGAAUUUCAGAGUUCAGAAGCGAAGCCUGGGAGGGUUCAGCCUGAUCGUAGAUGGUUCGGCAACACUCGAGUCAUCUCGCAAGAUGCUCUCGACCACUUUCGUACAUCGUUGGGAUCGCGUGUCGAUGACCCUUACUCCGUCCUUUUGCGUCGCAACAAAUUACCCAUGUCGCUGAUCCAAGAACCCAAAAAGGGAAAGGCGGCCUCACUCACACUCGUGGAGCCGUUUCAACAGACAUUUGGCCCUGGCGCUCAACGCAAGAGGCCUAGGAUGGAAAGCAACAUGAACAGCUUCGCGGAGCUCGCAGAGAGUAGCGAGAAAGCAGGCGACGCUCACAAUGAAAGAGUCCUUGCUGCAGAGGCGAAGCUUGCAGGUACUGACCUUGUCCCUGCAGACAGAGAACUCGGCUCUGCGUACGACAUCGAUGCAAGUGGUGCUGGCCCAUCAUCCGAAACUCUUUCCUCGGACGUCUUCUACGCACCAGUCACACGCGGACGCUCUGAGCCUGCUUACAGCAAGGGGCAAUCCAGGCGUAUUUGGGGCGAACUCUACAAGGUCAUCGACUCAAGUGACGUUGUCAUUCAGGUCCUGGACGUGCGUGAUCCUAUGGGAACACGUUGUAGGAGCGUUGAGAAGCACAUCAAGGAAGAGAAACCUCACAAGCAUCUGGUCUUCCUCUUAAACAAAGUCGAUCUCGUUCCCACCUGGGUUACUGCGCGCUGGGUCAAGCUGCUGUCCCGAGAAUACCCUACCAUCGCUUUCCAUGCAUCGAUCAACAACUCCUUCGGCAAAGGCUCCCUGAUUCAACUUUUGAGGCAGUUCUCCGUUCUCCACUCUGACAAGAAGCAGAUCUCGGUCGGAUUUGUAGGUUAUCCAAACACCGGUAAAUCGUCCAUCAUCAACACACUCAAGAAGAAGAAAGUCUGCAACGUUGCUCCUAUUCCGGGAGAGACAAAGGUCUGGCAGUACAUCACGUUGAUGAAGCGCAUCUACCUCAUUGACUGUCCCGGUAUAGUCCCUGCUUCCGCUCAGGAUUCAGAAACAGGGACUGUGUUGAAGGGUGUGGUGCGUGUCGAGAACCUCGAGACACCUGCAGAGCACAUCCCCGCCCUGCUGUCUCGAGUCAAGCCAGAGUAUAUCAAGAAGACGUACAACCUAAAAGGGUGGACGGACACUACCGAUUUCCUUGAGCAGCUUGCGAAGCGUUACGGCAAAUUGCUGAAAGGCGGAGCACCCGACGAACACACUGUCGCCAAGAUGGUCUUGAACGACUGGAUCCGCGGGAAGAUCCCUUUCUUUGUAGCUCCACCGCUCACAGCUACUGCCCUUGCUGCUCAAGAGGCAAAGGGCAAGAAUAAGGCCAUCGAGCCGACGGAAGAAGACGUCAAGCACGGUGCUGUGCGACCUGCGAAGAGGGUCAAGGGUGUUGAGCAAGCCCUCAAGAGCAUCUCUGUCCUGACAAAGUUCUCAAAGGAAGAUGUUCACGGCGGUAUGGAUGAUGACUACGUUCUCGACAAAGACGAGGAUGCGGAACAGCCCGAGCGGGCCCACAGCGCUGGAGAAGAGGAGGACAGCGACGUCAGUGAUAGCGAAGACGAAGAAGAAGAAGACGAUGCAGACCUGCCUGAGCUGGCUUGGGAAGAUGUUUUCGGCAGCGCACCUGGAGGUGCAGACGCAGCUGGUGCGAUGGAGGACGAGGACAGCGACGCGCAGUCGAGCUCAGCCUCUGCUGGGCCAUCCAGCAAGCGCAAGGCAUCUUUGAUCGACGGAGGCGGCGACGAAGACGACGAGGAAGAAGUAGAGGAGCAGGCAGAGAGCGAUUCUGACGAGGAGAUGCCGUCGUCUGACGAGGACUCGCAGCGCAAGAAAGCCCCCCGAAUGAAGACGUCGAAGAAGCGCGCCGAGAACUUCUAUACGCACGCCAAUGUCAAGAACAAGAACCGUGAACGGGCAAAGCUGAUGCGAAGCACAAAGGGAAAGACUGCGCCAGCUCCCGGUGCCGUCGGCGAGGGUGCUGAUCAGACUGUGAGGAGAGCAGCACGUGAGCGGGGCAGCCGUGAGCUCGAGGUGGGAAGGGGCCUCAGCGGGGCAGGCGAUGAUGGUCUGAGCCGGGGACGACGAGGUCAGUCGCUUGUUGCUGCCAUGUCUGUACAAUAGCAUUCACUUCAAAUAUUUGCACUGAGGACGGUCU